UAGGCCAUGCCAAAAUUGCCUGGACGCGUCACACAUCAGAAACAAUGUCAGAGGAUUUAGUUGAGAAGGGAACGCUAGUUUUAUUGAAUUCAGCAGGAGACACACGCAACACCUUUGAUUUCUUGAUGGGCGAUGACAGGAACACUUCGGAUUUGAUACCGGGAUCAGAACCCAUACGUAGCACCGGUGACAAGGGAAUGGAGCCCAAGGACAUCACGCUGUACGACUGCAACAUUUGCCUGGACACGGCACAGGAUGCGGUGGUCACCAUGUGCGGUCACCUGUUCUGCUGGCCGUGUUUGCACCAGUGGCUUUUGACGCAACCGCAACGCAAAUUGUGCCCCGUUUGCAAGUCGGCCGUGGAUGAGUAUAAGGUAAUACCGCUGUACGGGCGAAACAGUAAGCGGCAGGAGGAUCCUCGAGACGAAAUUCCGCCACGUCCCACCGGACACUGGACGGAACCAGAACCGGAAGAAGACUUAGAGACCCUAUAUGCAUUUGCUCGGGGUUUUCACGUGACCUUCGGCCUUGGGUUUCCGUUCGGCUUCUUAGCAUCAACAUUGAAUUUAGUCGCUGCACAACUUGGUGGCAAUGAUAUCGAUGGAGAACAGAACCCGAACAAUCCACAACUACCCAACUUUUUUCUCUACAUGGCCUUUGUGCUCAUUGGUUGGCUAAUUUUCGUCUAGGAAGCUUAGGUAAUCCACAUAAUCUGUACAAAAAUUGGUAAAAUUGAACAAAAGUCGGGGGUUUUAUAAAUUAUGUUCAGUGCAAUUUUUACAUUUCAUUAAAAGUUUAUAAAUAAAUAAUUA